UUUGAAAUUAAACCGUCAGGAGAGCGCAAAGAACCGGGUUCUGUCACUAAGAUGAGUUCCCCUCAGGAGUGUAAAGAUAACGAGAGACAUAAGAAGGAAAUACCAGAGUCUCCAACACCAUCCUGUUUGUCUAUGAAGAGUGAUUGGUCGAUGCCUAUUCCACCCAACUUCAGCCCAGAGCCUCUUGGAGGAGAUAAAGGACAUAAGAAGGAAAGACCAGAGUCUUCAGCACCAUCCUGUGUGUCUAUGAAGAGUGAUUGGUCGAUGCCUAUUCCACCCAACUUCAGCCCAGAGCCUCUUGGAGGAGACCGAAGACAUAAGAAGGAAAGACCAGAGUCUUCAGUACCAUCCUGUGUGUCUAUGAAGAGUGAUUGGUCGAUGCCUAUUCCACCCAACUUCAGCCCAGAGCCUCGUGGAGGAGGCGAAAGUAUGCUGCUUACCUCCAGACAUGAGGAGGGGAGAACAGAGUCACCUUUAAAUCAAGUCCACCAGGAAGAGUUCUGUCCUGUUCACCCAGACUACUGCUACACUGGACGUAGAGAUGUGGCCUGUGAUUUCUGCACUGGGUUGAAGCAGAGAGCUGUGAAGUCCUGUCUGACCUGCCCUGCCUCCCUCUGUGAGAACCAUGUCAAGCAACACUACACAAUACCAGCACUGCAGGGACACACACUGGUGGAGUUGACUGGAGACCUAGAGAAGAGAUUCUGUCAGCAACACCACAGACCUCUGGAGGUGUUCUGCAAGACUGACCAGACACACAUCUGUAAAGUUUGUGCAGCGCAGGAGCACAAAGGCCACAGUAAAUUCUAUGGAAAGAUUUCUAAUGUUCCAGACACACCAAGCCUUCUGAAGCUCAUCUUGGGGAGCAUGAAGACAGACAUCUUCAAUAGGUAUAAGGAGGAACUGAGAGAGAACUAUCCAGAGUGCCUAGGAAGCCAGCAGGAGGAUCUAGAUAUCACUGGUGUUGUUAAGAAGAUGCUGGAGAGCUUUGGAGAACAGGGAGCUCUACGGCUCACAUUGAACUAUCUGGAUAUUGCUUUUCCAAUAAUAAAAAUCAGUGAAGUUAAUAAAGGAAACCUGAUGAAAAAAAUUCAGCUAGUCUCAGAGGGACUGCCAGAACAAGGGAAACAGAGCUUUUUGAAUGAGAUCUACACAGAGAACUACAUCAUAGAGAGUGGAAGUGGUGAAGUCAAUGAUGAACAUGAAGUCAGACAAAUUGAGAGGACCACGAAGAGACAAGAAACUCAAGAGAAUCCAAUCGAAUAUAAUAACAUUUUCAAAACGCUGCCUGGACAAAGCAAAGAAAUCAGAACAGUGCUGACGAAGGGAAUAGCUGGAAUUGGAAAGACUGUCUCUGUGCAGAAGUUCAUUCUUGACUGGGCUGAAGGAAAAGCCAAUCAAGAUAUUAUGGUCAUUGUCCCUCUACCUUUCAGAGAUCUCAAUCUAAGGACAGAAAAGUACAGUCUUAUUCAACUUCUUCAUUACUAUGCUCCAGAACUGAAAGAGAUUAAAAACAUUGAAGAUGAAAGAGCCAAAUUGCUCUUAAUUUUUGAUGGUCUGGAUGAGUGUCGAUUUCCUCUAGAUUUCCAGAACACAGAGAUUUGCUGUGAUGUGACAAAAUCGACCUCAGUGGAUGUGCUGCUGACCAACCUCAUCAAGGGGGAUCUGCUUCCCUCUGCCCUCCUCUGGAUAACCUCCCGACCAGUGGCAGCCAAUCAGAUCCCUCCUGAGUGUGUUCACCGAGUAACAGAGAUGCGUGGGUUCAGUGACCCUCAGAAGGAGCAGUACUUCAGGAAGAGAAUCAGUGAUCAGAACCUGGCUGACAGAAUCAUCACACACAUCAAGUCAUCAAGGAGCCUCCACAUCAUGUGCCACAUACCAGUCUUCUGUUGGCUUUCAGCCACUGUUCUUGAGAAUAUGAUGAGUUAUGCAGGCACUGCUGAAAUACCCAGAACUCUGACUGAGAUGUACACACACUUUCUGCUCACUCAGAUCAGUUUGAAGAAUAAGAAGUACCAUGGAGCCACAGUAGAAGACCCUAAGAGGUUGUCUAAAUCAGACAAAGAGAUGAUUCUGAAACUUGGAAAACUUGCUUUCCAACAACUGGAGAAGGGAAAUUUAAUAUUUUAUGAAGAGGACCUCAGAGAUUGUGGCAUUGACAUUCAUGAAGCUUCACAGUACUCUUCACUUUGUACAGAGAUCUUCAGAAAGGAGUUUGGAUUGUACAGGGACAAGGUUUUCUGCUUUGUUCAUCUGAGCAUUCAAGAGCAUCUUGCUGCAGUGCACGCACAUGUUUCCUUGGCAAACAAGACUUCAAAUGUUUUCAGCACAGAAAAACACAAAGUGGAUCUAGACAGAUUGAAACUGUUUAAACUGCACCAGAAUGCAGUGGACAAAGCCCUACAGAGUAAGAAUGGACAUCUCGACCUUUUCCUUCGCUUCCUUCUCGGACUUUCACUGGAACAGAACCAAAAUCUUCUCCAAGACUUUAUGACAGAAACUAGUCCAGAAAUGAGAAGCUACAGACCUGCAGUGACAACUGAUUAUAUAAAGAGGAAGAUCAGGAAGGAAUCAUCACCAGAGAGGAUCAUCAAUCUGUUCCACUGUCUGAAAGAGCUAAAGGACAACUAUUUGGUGGAGGAAAUCCAGUCUGCCUUCAAAUCAGGAACUCUCUCAGGAAAAAAGCUGGAGCCAGACCAGUGUUCAGCUCUUGCCUAUAUGUUACUGAUGUCAGAGGAGGUGCUGGAUGAGUUUGACCUGAAGAUGUACAAAGCAUCAGAAACGGGGCAGCAGAGGCUGCUCCCGGUGCUGAAGAUCUGCAGGAGGGCGAGAUUGUCUAAAUGUUUCCUGUCCCCUUACUUCCAUGAAACUGUGGUGUCAGCUCUUCAGUCACCAAAGUCACCCCUUAGAGAGCUGGAUCUCAGCUACAAUGAUCUUAGAGAUUCAGGGGUGAAGCUGAUCUGUGCUGGGUUAAUGAGCCCUAACUGUAAACUGCAGAAACUGAGGCUGGCAGGCUGUGUAAUUGGAGAGGAGGGCUGUUCCUCUCUUGUCUCAGCUCUGGGAUCAAACCCCUCACACUUGAUUGAGCUGGAUCUGAGCUACAAUCACCUAGGAGAUUCAGGAGUGAGGACAGUCUCUAAGCUACUGAAGAAAUCAUGCUGUAAACUGGAGAAACUGGGGCUGAGUGUGUGCAGUCUCACAGUAGGCUGCAGUGCAGACCUGGCUUCAGUCUUACAAUGUCCUCACUCUACACUGAGAGAGCUGGAUCUGAGAGACAAUGACUUGCGUGAUUUGGGAGUGGAGGUUCUCUGUGCUGGACUGAGGCAUCCACACUGUAAAUUAGAGAAACUGGGGUUGUCGGGUUGUCUAAUCACAGAGAAAGGCUGUGUUUCUCUGGCUUCGGCCCUGAGAUCAAACCCCUCACACCUGAGAGAGCUUGAUCUGACCUACAAUCACCCAGGAGACUCAGGAGCAGAACAGCUUUCUGCUCUACUGGAGGAUGCAAACUGUAAACUGGAAUGGGACCAUGGUGGAGAGUGCAGGAUAAAACCUGGACCAAGAAAAUAUGCCUGUCAGAUCUCACUGGACCAGAACACAGCACACAAACAGCUCUGUCUCUAUGAUGGAAACAGGAGAGUGACACGGACUUUAACGGAACAGCCAUAUCCUGAUCAUCCUGAGAGAUUUAAGCGUCAUCUCCAAAUUCUCUGUAAGGAGGCUCUGUCCGGUCGCUGUUACUGGGAGGUGAAAAAGAGUGGAGACAAUGUAUUCAUAGGAGUUGCCUAUAAGAGUAUAGAUAGAGAAACAGGCUCCAUGGGAAAGGAUGACAAGUCCUUCGGCCUAAUUUGCCAGAGUGAUAGCUUUCGAUUCUGGCAGAACGGCAAGAGAACUGCUGAACUCCACCCGUCUCCUGCAUCUAACAGAGUAGGAGUGUUCCUAGACUCUUCUGCCGGCAAUCUGUCCUUCUACAGCAUCUUCAAUGACACGCUGACCCUCCUGUACACGUUCCACACAACAUUCACUGAGCCCCUCUAUGCAGGGUUUGGGCUUUAUCCUGGUUCUACAGUGACUCUGUGCCACCUGGGAUAGACCUUAAGCAUGGGAGGACAUCACAGGGAAAAAGA